GUGCUAGACCAGUCGAUGAGUCAUCGAAGCAGAAACUUAAGACCACAAGAACGACCCCAUACGGUACCGACGUACGGGUGCCUGACCUGACACUGAAAGGGAACCCCCCGGGCCCCAAGCAGAAACAGUUUGCGCCUUAUUAUUUUUGCAGAUUCACCUGAUCCACUAGUGCCACUACCACUGAGUCAGUCGGGCAGUCCACCCUCAAGCACAGUUUCUCAUCUAGUCUGCAUUUUAGCUCGUUUUCCAGUCUGUACACCACAGCACGCCGUACUGCAUAGUUGUGUAGUAUUCUUGUAUAGGUAACCAAGUCGCUCGUCUGAGCCCAGUAUUUGUAAGCCAGCGACACCAUCACCACGGUACGGUGUCUAACUCGUAACCCGGCAACUUGGUAUGACGAAGGGACCGACUCCCCUCGCGACGAAUCUAACGAGAGGAAAGAAACAGAGAGAAGAAUGUCAGAGAGGUACCGGAGAUGAUCGCGUCAACUAUUUGUGCAAACGGACGGACGUCUAUGAGGAUCGAACUCGUCCGCUUGCGGAAAAUUUCAAACCGGGUGCGUCAGCUGAGUCAGCUCUCAGCAAGUUUGUCGUUUAGGAUUCCGACGUGGCAGGCUGCAAUCAUCCGUUGGACUCGAAGACCAACGGCGUCCAUGACCGGAGCGGGUAGCAAACGAAGGACCAUACGUCCAGGGCGGGUCGGAGAUCCUGCCCCAGCAGCACACAAUCUAAAAUUAACGCCCGAGAUGCGUCCCAACUUGAACUUGUAGGGUUUGAGUCUUGGCGCCUUGCAGGAACUGUACACUGUAGCGGACAUCGGAGGAUCGGAGGAUCGGAGGCUCGGAGGCUCGGAGGCAUCGCCCUUCGUUGAGCCUUUUGCUGGAGGUGGAGGGAGGAAUCUGCGGGCUUGGGCAAGUUGGAGAAGGUCCGAGCAGAUCCAUCCAUGGCACGGAGGGGUCGGUGCGCGCUCGAUGGCGAGGGCGAGAGCUAGGGUUAAAUCGUCGAGCUCUUGCUACCAGUUGCAGUGAUCGGGGUAACUUUCUCAUGGACAAAGCAGUAGAUCUACUUCGGAUGGAGUCGUAUUAACUUUUUGUUACAAGUGGUGUCAGGAAGUCAAGUGCUCGUCACAUCUUCUCUCACAAGCAACAGAUUCCAAAUUACUAACAUGUCAUGGACUCAUGGCUGCUGAGCUUGACAUAUUCAAAGCCACCUUCCCCAUUGGCUGCGGUUGAGGUUGCCCACGUGGGUGGAAAGCAGGCAAGACAUGUGACCACUGACGUUCGAGAGUGAAUGAGUGAUAACAUAUAGAGCGAACAAGAAGAUCUCCCAUAAUUGUCGUCAGUCUGUCUGACAGUCAGACUGCAAACGAAAUCUUCUUGGCAGGUCCUCCGGCCCGUCUGGUCCCGUUCUGCAAGUUGUAAUACUCCGAUUUCACCCUCGUUCCCUCUCUUUCCUCCUAGAACGACAACCUUUUCCUUUUAUGGAAUUUGCUUUUUCUCGUCUUGCUUUGCUUUGUGAUUACCUAUAUUGCCUCCCUCUUCAUCCUCCAUGGGAUUGAUUCCUGACAAUUUUUAAUUCCAGAUUUUACUCAUCAUAACUCAUAAACUGUUGCGCCAAAUGUUUUAUUCUAAUUAGUCCCGC